AUGCAAGAAGUCUUUGUCUCUGGUGCUAGUGGGUAUAUUGCUCAAAAUAUUGUUAAACUUCUAAUCUCCAAAGGUUACAAGGUUAUCGGAACUGUCAGAACUGCUGCCAAAGGUGAACAAUUGAAGAAAGAUGCUGGGGAAAAUUUCGACUACGAGAUUGUUGAAGAUAUCGGUGUUCCAAAUGCUUUCGAUGAAGCUUUGAAAAAACAUCCUCAUUCAUAUGCAUUUUUACACACUGCAUCUCCAGUCACUUUAGCUACAGAGGAUAUUGCCAAUGAUAUCAUCAAACCUGCUGUUGAAGGUACCUUGAAUGCUUUAAAAUCAAUUCAAAAAUACGGUUCCAAUGUUAAGAAAGUGGUUAUUACAUCAUCUGCUGUUGCCAAAAUCGAUGCAAAGAACAUGAAUAACCCAGAUGCGGAACUUGUUACUGGAGACUCUUGGAAUCCGAUCACUGAUGAGGAAGGGUUACUCAACCCUACAUUUGGUUAUUUUGUAGCCAAGCGUAACGCUGAAAAAGCUGCCUGGGAUUUUGUCAAAAACGAAAAAGUUAAGUUCAGUUUGAAUACCAUUGCACCUACUUUAGUGAUUGGACCUCAAGCUUAUGCCAGUGGUGUCAAAGAAACUUUCAAUUUCUCCGUUGAGUUAUUGAAUAGUCUCUUGAAAAUGAAGCCUGACUCAAAAAUGCCCGUUUUUGAUGGUAACUUUGUUGAUGUAAGAGAUGUUGCCAAAUUACACUUACAUGCCUUUGAAAGUGAUGUUGAAAAUUUCUGUUAUUUACCAAUAACCAAUCAUUUCUCCAUCCAGACUUGUGCAGACAUCAUCAGGGAAAGGUUUCCUUCUUUAAGGGAUACUGUGCCUGUUGGGACCCCCGGUACUGGUAAGGAUCUUUACAACAAGAGUCCUCGAUGGGAUAAUAAGAGAACCAUGGCUCAUUUGGAAAACCCAAUACAGUUGGAACAAUCUGUUUUCGAUACUAUUGAUCAAAUUGUCAAUAAAUAG